CAGUUCAGUGUGGUUUUGGUCUAAACAAACAGUCUUCAUACUACGUGAUAAGAUUGAGUAUAAUAACCGAAUGAAGAUAUUACAAUGUACGUGGAGUAUAACUAUCAUACUGUGUAUGUGCACUUGAAAACAAAAAACAAACUUAUCUGUAAGUCUGGAUUACUAUUAUAUUUAGUUUACCAAAGAACAAACCAGUCGUGCACGUGUUUUACAUUGAAUUAUGCAGUCUGUAACUCAUUGAAGUUGAACAGAGAUAAGACAAACGAAUACACAAAAUACGAUAAGUUUUUUGAAGAGAACAACGUCCAAUAGGAUUACGGCAGCUUACGUCAUAUGAUACCCCACGUGCUGAACUAUAAAGUAACUAAAACCUUCGUGUUUAGUUUGUCAUUACCUUAGAGAGUUCAAAAUGUUUACCGUACGAUCUGUAUCGGCUAUCACUAGAACUAUUAGUUCUUCGUUGUCGGGAGCUUUAAGAACUCCACUGAAUAGGUGCCUAGUAACCAAUAGGGAAAAGUUUAAAAUAAGCUAUAACUAUGGUCAUGGAGACAGAGUUCUUAUCGGAUCCACUAUUGGUCAAGCUCUAAACAAAGUAUCUGACGAAGUUGGCGACCAAUUAGCUUUUGUUUUCUGUCAUCAGAAUAUCCGUCGCACCUUUUUGGAAACUAAUCAAGAGAGUGAUCAGCUAGCAGCAAGUCUCUUAGAGCUUGGACUGAGACCUGGAGAACGUCUGGCAAUCUGGAGCUCCAACUGUUAUGAGUGGGUUCUAACUCAGCUGGCUGCAGCUAAAGCAGGACUAAUACUAGUCAAUAUCAACCCUGCCUUCAUGCCUUCUGAACUAGAAUACUGUUUAAACAAGACCUCUUGUAAUGCUCUUAUUGCUGCAGAAUCCUUCCGAAAACAAGACUACUUCCAAGAGUUGUGUUCUAUUGUACCAGAGAUCACAAUAUCCAAACCAGGCCAGAUUAAAAGUAGCAGGUAAUUUAAAUUACAAUAG